AUAAAAAUCUAGCGCUCUAUUUUGGACAACAUAUAACUGUAACUUGAUGUCAAGCUCCUUACCACAAAAAUAAGAUCUCUGCACUCUUCACGGAAAUAAGGCGUCAGCUGGUGUGUCACAUGAUCGUCAUCAUGUGAUUUGCAUACAGGGGAACGACCUGUUCAGAUAGCUGUAGUCAUCAUCAUCAGCAAGAGAGACAAGUCUCAAGACAACUUGAGUGUCUGAUGUUCGCGGUCAGUCAGUCAGUCCAACACUCACCAUGGCUUGGACAAAAUAUCAGCUCUUUCUCGCCGGUCUGAUGCUCACCACUGGCUCCAUCAACACACUAUCCGCAAAAUGGGCUGAUAUGUUCUCUGCACCUGGAUGUAAUGGUAUCAAAGACCAUACCUUCUCCCACCCUUUUGUACAGGCUGUGGGAAUGUUUUUGGGAGAGCUGUUCUGCCUGGUGGUGUUCCACAUUCUCCUUUGUCAUGAUCGGCGCAGACCCGAGCCCACCAUGGAACCAGGCCAGAGUUUUAACCCCUUACUUUUCCUCCCCCCUGCUCUUUGUGACAUGUUGGGAACGUCCAUCAUGUAUGUUGCACUAAACAUGACCAGCGCCUCCAGUUUCCAGAUGCUGCGAGGAGCUGUGAUCAUCUUCACUGGACUGCUGUCUGUAGCGUUCUUAGGACGCCGUCUGCAGCCCAGCCAGUGGAUUGGGAUCCUAGUCACCAUCCUUGGUCUGGUGGUGGUUGGAUUGGCUGACUUUAUAAACGGCCAUGGGAAUGACUCCCAUAAGCUCAGUGAGGUUAUCACAGGGGACCUUUUGAUCAUCAUGGCACAGAUAAUUGUUUCAGUCCAGAUGGUCUUGGAGGAGAAGUUUGUUUAUAAGCACAACGUUCAUCCACUGAAGGCUGUUGGGACUGAAGGUUUUUUUGGAUUUGUCAUCCUCUCUCUACUCCUCAUCCCGAUGUUCUACAUCCCUGUGGGCAGUUUUGCAGAUAACCCACGGCAGGUCCUUGAAGACGCCCUGGACGCUUUCUGUCAAAUUGGCCAUAAACCUCUCAUUUUGCUUGCACUGCUGGGCAACACCGUGAGCAUCGCUUUCUUUAACUUCGCUGGCAUCAGCGUCACCAAGGAGAUAAGCGCCACCACUCGCAUGGUGCUGGACAGUCUGCGUACUUUAGUCAUCUGGGUGGUGAGUUUGGCACUGGGUUGGGAGAAAUUCCAGGGCCUACAGAUUCUGGGCUUCAUCAUCCUACUCGUGGGUACAGCGCUGUACAAUGGACUCCACAAGCCCUUGAUGGACAAGCUGCCCUGCUUCCCUAGAGAGCAGACAGCAGAGGAAGGAGAUGCUCCAGAGAGAGAGAGACUGCUUGGUGGAGGAAAAGCCACCCAGGAGAGCUAAUGUUGGACGUUUAACAAAAAUUUCAUUUUCUUAGUUUUAACGGUUGUUUCCAUUUUAAGAGAGAAUCAUGUUUUAGUAUUGUUUUAGAUGACUGAAUCAACACUUGGGAACCAUCACUACUUAUUGCUUAAAUCCACUUUUUGUGGGCAUGUCUCAACUGUAAAAAAGGGACAGUGAUGCUUAGAUUUUAAAAGGUUUUGUAUGCAAAUUAUCACUUUAUGAAAGGGAUGAAAACAUAAUUUUUACAUGAUUUUAAUGCCAAAAAAACCUUAGAAAAAAAGUUUUUAAUUCUGUUUUAUAGGUUUCAAAACAAUUGUUUUUACAUGAUUUGCUGUUGCGAGCACAUUAUUUCUCUAAUCAUUUUAUUUGAGGAAUAUUUUUAAUGAUCUGUGAAACGGGUACUAUGUACUGACAAGAAAACCUUCUGUUAGUCCAUGUAUAUUUGGUUUGUAAAAAAUAUGAAAAGUAGUUCUCAGCAAGUUUUUUUUCAUAGUGAGGUGCAAGGAACCUUAAUCUCAAAAACAAUGUAGUUUUUACCAAAUGUAUUAAGCAUUAAUGUCUUCUGUGUUCCAUUUGAUUAAUCUGUCCUCUGCAUAAAUGUAUAAAUUCCUCUCACAUUCUUGUAAGAAACUUUUUUUUUUUUUUGCAUUUUUGUUGCAUUGUGGAUACAUUUGUUUGUGGUAAAUGAAAUGAACAUGAAGAGGA